CACUCGCAUGAACGCCUCUUCCAACACAGGCGGAUCGCGGCGCGCUCGAGAUUCGAAAUUUCAAAAUUUAAACUGACAUUCCAUUUUUAUUUAAGUCAUAAAGUGCAUAAUGUGUUGUUAUAAUUUCAAAAAUAGAACUUUUUAUAUUUUUAAACGUUCAGUUUAAGACGAAUCCUGGAUGGUUAUGAUUACACCUCAAGGAUUUUUUAAGGGAUCCAGUGACUUCACGUUUCAUAUAAAGUAGAUUAGUGACAUAAAAAUGAACAGGAAGUAAACAUAGUUUGCCAGUGUAAUGUCAGUGCAUAACAGCGUGAUUGGUGCAAAAAUGCAAUGGGCCGGCGGGGGGUUGGGGGUUAAACAAUUGACUGUUAGCGAAACUCAUAGCAUUAACUAAAUAACUUAUAUCAAAAUUGGACGUCUCUACAUAACAAAAUGUCGGCAGCAGGCUCAGCGGUGGCGAUGAUAGGCGCAAACCUACGUUUCGGUUCAGCUGGUGCGAGUAACUCCUCAAUUCUCAACAACACAAGGCACUGCCCCCCAGGGGGAGCUGCGAGCGCCGCAGCACUGCUCGCCCUAUCCGGCCUGGGGAUGUCGGCAAAUCUAGCGCUUAUGACUGUUAUAUUAAGCAAGAAGCAAUUGAGAAGAUGGUCACAUGGUCUGUUAUUCCACCAAGCGGUAGUGGAUUGCGCCCGCGCAGCUAUUCUGCUACCAUUAGGUAUUGCAGUAUUCCGGUGCCAACCUGUCUACAAGUGUUCACUUGUUGAAACCGCGUUUCUUUUAUUGGUAACUGUGUCAACAGUAAAUAUGCUCACAACUGUGCUAAAUGAUAGCCCCAUUUUCCCCGAGAAUGAGGAAGAGCAAGCUGAUUUAUCUGCACCGUUACUAAUGGAUAGUCCCCAGUGUGUCCUUUUUGGUACAUUCAUGAUAUGGUUCGCAUCAAUCACUAUAAAUCUUGGCCCAACGUUCUUAUCAGGAGCUUUGGCUGCCAGUGCCGGAUCUUACAAUUCUUACGGUCCGGCCCCGUCCUGUCCUUUAGUUCGAGGACCCUUCAGGCAUUACGUCCUUAAUGCUCUCUGGAUAGGCGUGAACGCCGUCUGCGUUGGGCUGACACUUUUCCAUUUGAAGAAGCUUCACCGAGAUUUAACCAAGGCUAACGUAGAGGCAGUUCGAGUAGCUGGUUUAGUGACAACCCUUGUCAGCAUGGCAGGAGACAACAGACGUAUGGACUCUCUGCCCAACAGCGUUGGACCUAGGACUGUAGACGGUGCAUUGGCUGAUGGACAGUGCAGACCCGGUGGGAGUGCAAACUUGCCUUUAGGUGGUGGACGGCGCCUCCGUGGUUAUUUAGCACGUGUAGAGCGUGAAGGAGUACGCCGCGUGCGCAUGUUCCUCGUCAUUACUGCUGCUUACGUGCUGUUCUGGGGGCCAUUGUUCAUCAUAACUCUUUUGCAUCAUCCAGCAUUGACGUCACAUAUAGCAUAUGAGAUGUACUUCCAAAUUACGUUGCACAUUUCCUACGUGCAUGCAGCAGUGAACCCUCUUCUAUUUAUGGCCCUCCAUCGGGCUCUGCGUCGAGCAGCACUUCAGCUGUGCUGCGGCUGCUGUGUGCAUUGGAGCCAAUUUGUGCUAGCUCUCACUGCAGCUGCUCAGUCACCACUAGCACCAUCGUCGUUCUCACCCGCUGCUGCGUCACCAGAACCGCCUCCCGCGCCACCCCCACCCAUGGCGCCUCCCGCUCCAUCAGUCCCCGCUCCCCCUGGUCCACCGACGCCUCACACGAUGAUGGUAAUUACUUCUUAUAUAGUUGGGAAGUUGAGGACUGUGAUGCUGAGAGUAUGUCGAGUGCGCGUGUGCAGGGAGACGAGGAUAUGAUGGCCGAGUCGUGGAGCGGCAGCGUGCGGCGGCCGCCGCGCUCCCCCAGCCCGCUGCUGCCCGCCAUCUGAGCGAGUCCAACUGUUCCCGUCUCGCCUCCACGCGUCCAGACACCCUCGCGCAUCACAUAUCCUACAUUUGGCAGCUAAUUUCCCUUGUAUCAAGACACUUGUGUAUAUAGAUCUUAUAGGACGUUCGUCGAAUUGUAUAUUUAUAUCGUAGUAGUGAGAUAUGGUCAUUUCACGUAGAAUUAAUGAAUAAAUAGAUAAAUAUGCGAAAAAUGUCGUGUGGUAUACUUGGUUAGGUAAGUCGAUAUGAGAAUAUAGUAGAAAAUAAUAUAAUUGUAUAUGUUGUAAAAAUCUUAUAUUGUACAGAAUUAAAAAAAGCUCAAUUCUAAACAAUCGACAUACAUCUUAGCGACUCACUAUUUGGCACUCAUUUUUAAUAUAAUCUGUGGCGAUUACAGCAGGAUAGGGUAAAAAUAUUUCUAUCAAUAUAUAAAAUAUAACUGUGAAUAAUAUCAAUACGUAACACCAAGUAAGAUAUAGUAGAUUAAACUGAAUAUUGUGUGUAGUGUAGACCAGUGUUUAUGAUCUCCUGAAUGUAUUAAAUUAUAGUAACAAUCUACUAUAUGUAACGACUUUUGUAUGAUAUACUUAAUAUAUUUUAUAAUUUCGAAAAUGAUUUGAAGUCUGCAUGUGACCAGAAUAUUUCUGUUAAUCACCGCCUGCACUACCUGGUAUAAUGUAUCAUUUGAUACAUUUUUUUCAAAUAGAUGCAGAAGUUCCGGAGAUACUCAUCAAAUAUUCACAACAUUGAAAAUUUUACUCUCCUUUUAUAAUAUUUGACAUUAAAUCGCUUGUGUCAACUGUUGGUCUGAGACCAAAGGUAUUUUAUUAUUUGAAAAAAAUACCUAUAAACGCCCUUUGAUAUAACAGCGCCCUCAGAGGGAUAUACAUUUUUAACAGAAGAAUUCUGAUAACGUUCGGUCAGACUUAUUUUCUAUUUCCCAUACCUUUUACCUUCCAUUUGUCAUAGAAAACUUCAACAAGUUUAUAUGCCUUGAUCAAAAUUAUCUAUAAAGACUGAAAACUAUUUAUUUUAUGUUAUGUACUGUUUACAACUUCUGUAUAUCUACUGUAUAUAAAACUAGUAUAGAGACAGGGGCGGUUUAUAAAUUGCGUCACACGUGCAGGGAAGGAAGGAGGUUGAUAAAGUGUGACAUUAUGUGGCAAG